AUGUAAAAAAAUAUAAAAAUAUAUAUAAAUAAAAAAAAUCAAAUAAAUAAAAUAAUUUAAUUAACAUAAAAUAAAUAAAAUUAUUUAUUAUAUUUUCAAAUUAAAAAAAAAAAAUUUAAUUUUUAGCUUAAUAACCUUUAUUAAUAUGAAAUGUUUAAACAAAAAGAAGAAAUGGAUAAAAAAUUAAAAUAUAGAGAAUAUCUUGAUAAAUAAUAUAAAGAAAAAUAAAUAAUAUUAUAAAACGAAGAAAGAAUGACUAGAAACGAAAAAAGUUUGAAUAGACUAGAUUUAUAAGCUUAUAAAAUAUAAGAUGGAGGUCUAUAUGCUAUGAUCCCUGGAUGGUAACCUCAAAUAGGAUAAUUACCUCCUCGUCAAAACAAAGAGGUCUUGUAAGAAUAAACUUUAGAUAGAUAAAAAAAGUAAUAAGGUUAAUAUUAAAAGAUUGGAGAAAAAAAUAAUAAAUAUUAAAAUCCUAUUAAUUAUGGUCAUUCAUUAGAUAAUAUAAUGAUGGAGUAAAAGAGGAAAAACAAUUAACUAUAGUAUGGUCAUAAUCCUAUAUUAAAUCCUAUACCAUUUAACAAUCAAAAUCCUUAUUUAAGCAAAGAAUUUGUGAGGAUAUAAGCUUAAAUAUAAAAUACUAAUAAAUAAUUAUAAAUAUGA